CAGGAGACGUUUGUUUUUUACCCGCACUCGACGCCGCCCACUGCAAAGUUGGUGGAUUCUAACUUCCUUCCCCUUUCUUCCUUCUCUUCCAAGAGCCGAUCUUUCCUAAUCCAUCAUAUAUAGAUUGUGGGAAUCAAUCCCAUACAAACCUUCCUUUGCCACAGUUGGGAUUGCAGGGGGUAGAUACAACACAGAGAGUGGGAAGAGCUCCGAAGCUUCGUCCGAUUAGAGGUAAACCAGAAGAGUAGAGUAGCGGUUUCGAAAGGAGCGAAUCAUUAGAUUUGAUUUCCCUGGAAGCUUGGGAUUCGGGGAUGUUUUGUUAGUAACUUUGGCGAAAAGACUGGCCUUUUUGUGAUUAUUUUCUUUUAGGGGGGGAAAGAUUCGAUCUGAUUGGCAUAAUCUGAGGAAGACGAAAGCUUGCAUAUUGAUUGAAAGCGCUGUAAACUCCGAUGGGUAAUUGUUGCGCCGUCCCUGUCGUUUCGGGCAGCAUUAAACAGGGUCGGCGGAACCCUUAUGCGAUCGAUCCCAGUCGGGAAUCCCAACCCAGGCCCAGUCUCGAGGUCCUUAAGCAUCCGACCGGUCGCGACAUCAAAAGCUGGUACGACCUCGGGCGGGAGUUCGGCCGGGGGGAGUUCGGUGUAACCUACCUCUGCACCGACAAGAAAACGGGAGAGCAUUUCGCCUGCAAAUCCAUCUCCAAGAAGAAGCUGCGGACUACUGUCGAUGUCGAGGAUGUGCGGAGGGAGGUGGAGAUCAUGAAGCAUUUGCCGGAGCACCCCCACAUAGUGAAGCUCAAGGAUACCUAUGAGGAUGCCGAUUCCGUUCACAUCGUCAUGGAGCUCUGUGAAGGUGGGGAGCUGUUCGAUCGGAUUGUUGCGAGGGGGCACUACACCGAGCGGGCGGCUGCCAUGGUCAUCAAGACCAUUGUUGAAGUGGUUCAGAAUUGCCACCAGCAAGGGGUGAUGCACCGAGAUCUCAAACCUGAGAAUUUCUUGUUCGGAAACAAAAAGGAAAAUGCCCCUUUAAAAGCAAUUGAUUUUGGGUUAUCUGUUUUUUUUAGACCAGGUGAACGUUUUGAAGAGAUAGUUGGCAGCCCUUACUACAUGGCUCCAGAGGUUUUAAAACGAAACUAUGGCCCAGAAAUUGAUGUCUGGAGUGCAGGAGUUAUACUUUACAUUCUGCUUUGUGGUGUACCGCCAUUUUGGGCAGAAACAGAGCAAGGCAUUGCACAGGCAAUCAUUCUCAGUGCCAUUGAUUUUAAAAGAGAACCAUGGCCCAAGAUUUCUGAUAAUGCUAAAGAUCUUGUCAGGCAGAUGCUUAACCCGGAUCCUAAGACACGUUUCACAGCUCCACAAGUGCUUGAUCAUCCUUGGCUGCAGAAUGCCAGUAAGGCACCCAAUGUAAAUCUUGGUGAAACUGUUCGGGCAAGACUCCAGCAAUUUUCAGUGAUAAAUAAAUUUAAAAAGAAAGUUCUUAGGGUGAUAGCUGAACACUUGUCAGUAGAGGAGGUUGCUGACAUAAAGGAAAUGUUUGAAAAUUUGGAUAUCAACAAAAAAGGGCAAAUAAAUUUUGACGAGUUAAAAUAUGGUUUACUUAAGCUUGGACGCCAGGUUGCUGAUUCAGACGUCAAAGCAAUAAUGGAAGUAGCUGAUGCUGAUGGAAAUGGUUUCCUCGACUAUGGAGAAUUUGUUACUCUCUCCAUUCACCUCAGAAGGAUUGGAAACGAUGAGCACCUGCAGAGAGCUUUCCAAUACUUUGAUAAAAAUAAGAGUGGAUACAUUGAAAUUGAAGAGCUCAAGCACUCUCUGUCUGAUGACUUAGGUCCGGAUCAUGAAGAAGUCAUCCAUGCCAUUAUUCAUGAUGUAGACACUGACAAGGAUGGGAAAAUAAGUUUCAAGGAGUUUGCUGCGAUGAUGAAGGCAGGUACAGAUUGGAGGAAAGCUUCACGGCAGUACUCGAGGGAGAGGUUCAACAGCCUAAGUGCAAAACUGAUGAAAGAUGGAUCUUUGCUGCUAAAAAGUGAGAGAACCGAACCAGCCUAAUAUGUUGACUUCAAAUUUCAGAUCCUUUUGUUUGUUUGUGAAAUUCAUCUUCAUAGUCUUUUCCAAUC